CUGGUUUUAUGGAGACUACUUUCGCCUGAAAACUUGAGUGUGUAAAUUUGAGACUUAUUUAUGACUUGCACAUGUCUAACUUAGUAGUCCCACCUCUGUCAAAUGCUAAUUAUUUGGAUUUUUAUGAACCAUCUAUCUAAACUCUGACAUAACUUCUAUCCCUUUUGCGGGAUUAGGUGACUACCGGUAUGUCAUUUAGCACAUUGCUUCCGCACACACACGCACACAUGCACACACACACACACACGCACGCACACACACACGCACGCACACACACACGCACGCACACACUUUUUUGUGUGCAGUUGUGUCUGUGUGAAUGAUCUUUACGCAGGUUUUGGUGCCGCUGCCCCUCCAUCCUCGAUCUACAAGCAGGAAAGUACGUCCAUAUUUGUUUAAAAGUCUCUUAGCAGUUAAUAAAGAUGCAUUUCCUCCAACCCUCUUCCUGGGGGGACGGUAUCAAGACUCUGUUAAGUUUCUUUGAUUUCUGCCACCUCCAAUCCCAGCAGGACACUGACUCAUCAUUGUGGCACUUCAAAGCCUGGGAAUGGCCGGCCUGACCCCACCCACAGCAGUAGCCCCCUUAAAAGUCACGGUCAUCCCAGAGCGAACGCCUGAAAGAUGCUCACAUCAGCGUUGCAACUUGACUGAAUGACUGGAUGUCUUUUUUUGUUUUUGUUUUUUUUGCAAGAGAAAAAGAACAGUGGAUAUUAUUACGUGGAUUCCUUUUUGGCCCUCUAAACUGGACUUUUUUGGGUAAUAUACAUUACGCUUGAGAAUCGUGAUAAUGCAAUCCAUCAGGGACUUGAAGGCAAACUUCAGCGGCCCUCCUCCCUCUGCCAUGGCUUCGGGUGAUGCUUAUCUCCAGGGCAACAUCCGCAUGACUCUGGAGGACCCCGAUCUCUGGCGAACCUUCCAUGAGAUUGGAACAGAGAUGAUCAUCACAAAACCGGGCAGGAGAAUGUUUCCACACUGCAAAGUCAAUCUGUCUGGUCUGAUUCCUUGCGCCAAGUACAUUUUACUGGUUGAUAUGGUGCCAGAGGAUAGCUUCAGAUAUAAGUGGAAUAAAGAGAAAUGGGAGGUGGCGGGAAAAGCGGAGCCUCAACCCCCCUGCAGGACCUACCUGCACCCCGACUCUCCGGCCCCGGGGAGCCACUGGAUGAAACAGUCCAUCUCCUUCCUCAAGCUCAAGCUCACCAACAAUACUCUCGACCAACACGGCCACAUUAUCUUGCACUCGAUGCAUCGCUACCACCCGCGCUUCCACAUCGUUCAAGCCGAUGAUCUGUUCAGUGUCCGCUGGAGCGUUUUCCAGACUUUCACCUUCCCGGAGACGUCUUUCACAGCAGUCACUGCCUACCAGAACACAAAGAUCACCAAACUGAAGAUUGACCAUAACCCGUUCGCCAAAGGUUUUCGUGACGAAGGCACAACUAAGAAAAGGCGUGCAAACAAGAACCCGGGCGAACUCGACAAGAAAGUCAAACUCUCUGAAAUGAACGGGAAGUCUGAGGAGGACAGCCCAUCAGAUUUCUGCAGGUCGUCUUUUGAGGGUUACGAAGGAGACGAUGCAGAGCUGCAAAAGAGGAAGGAGGCGGACGAGAUCAAGGAGGAGCGCUACUCCCCUUGGUCCGCAGAGAGGAGGGAGCACAGCGCCAGGAACGGCUCUCCUCCUGCUGCUGAAACACGGGACAUUUACAACACCGAGCAACUGGUUCCUGCGCCGGCAUCCUACCAGCCUUACAGGUUUCACGAGUAUGGAAAGUCUCCCUCCCCGUCCUCCAGCGUCGGCAGCAGCGGCAGCGGCUCGGGGCGCAGCAGCUUCGAGUCGCGCGUUCCCGACGUGGCCAUCCCUGACCACGACUCCUCAAAGCCUCGUACGCACGAGGUGGCCCCCUCCCCUUGCGCCCCCCAGCAUUUCCCAAGCACCCAAGACUACCCCGGUGUGCUCAACAUGACUGUGGCCCAGGCAAGCAAGCCGGGCGUUCUGGGCCACCACAUCUACGGCCCUUACGGCGCCGAGCAGCCCCUGGGUCAGUGGAGCGGCUCGGGUCCGGCCCAGUACCCGCCUCCUCACCACCUGACCGCCGAUUACACCGCGCAAACCGUGCAUCCCUAUCCCCAUGGCAACGUGACCGAGUGGAGCCAGUACCCGCUGUUCUCUUAUUCUUGCUGGUGAGCGCCUUUCCGUUGGAGAUGGAGUGAUUUUCACCAUGCCGACACAGUGUUGCUCACAGUGUCAUGCGUACACGUUUACACGCAGUGGCCGGCCAAGGCCUGCAAUGACGAUACAAUAAUCGGUGAUAUCAUGCAAUGAGUCGUCUGUGGCUCACACAGGAUGAACUGAGACUUGCUAUGCCUACAAAUGUGUGCAAUGUCAUUCUGAGGAAUUGGUCUAUUGUCGAGGUGUCUAUUUAUUUUGUACUUCAUGCCAUCUCAUCGUGAAUAUAUUUUUGUUAAAAAAAUGCAAAAAUGGGAAAACUCAGAAAGAGAAAGAAAGUAAUCAUAAGAAAGUGUGCAAUUCAUUUUUUGUCUUCCAGUGUUGAUGUGAUCUGAAAAUAAAUGUGGUGUCUCUUAAAAUCUGA